GGGGUGGAGGGGUAGGUACGCUCAGGUAUGCGACGCUGGGCUAUUGGCCUACACCUCAAGUCCAUCAUACACGUCCCCGUCGUCCCUGUAUCUGCCGCCGCGGAUCAGGGACGAGCUCACCCAGGGUUACAUUUGUGGGUGGGCCGUCUCCCCCGGGCAAUGCUAGUGGUCGUAACGGGCGUCGCUACAUUUACCAACAUACCCCGGACCACUAGUAGCCAAGUAUGAGGGCCCCGCCUGGUGUGGGCCACGCCAAGUGAUGUGGCAUCCCCACCCGCCAGGUGUUCCUUUCCUAACCCUAGAAUUCCCGUCUGUAAUCCCAUGCUCCAAAACGUCAUUUCCUGUCUGUUAUUCCCGUCUUAUCUUCCCUUCUCCUGGGGUUUGCAGUCCGGAGCCUGAAUGUGCGGAAUUCCUCCGCACAUUUGGGACCCGGAAUGCAAACCCUAGGCUUCCUUUCACACCAUUACUCCUACUCCACUCCAAGAGGAGACAACCUCUUUAAAAAACCCCAAUCUAAGGUCGAACAAUCGUGCCGAGAGAUGCGUGGCUGAGGGGGAGCUCAGCCGCUAACGAUGACCCUCGAUACCGGGCAACCUCGAGGUGUAUUUUGCCUUGUUCCAGCAAGCGGGGCUCUGCUGGCAACCGACACUUUUUCCCUAGCUUCUCGUGGGAUUUGUAUGGAGAAUAGCAAUAAAAAAUCUGAAGGUACCCUGGAAGACCUAUGCCAGGAACUAAUGCCCCUGAUGGUAGGCGCGGAAAACUCUGCCCAAACAUCGGAGCAAGCCAUGGAGGGAGUGGAGAGCGCCGACACGGUUGAAAGGAGCGAUACCCAUCGCCCAAGCAACCUAACGGAGGCUCCCAACCCUGAGACACGCAAGUCCGUCAAGAAAUUGACGGGCUCAGCGAAGGGCCGCUAUAAAGCUCUUAGAGGACUAGGAGUUGCGCAUGAGGAGGCGCUACAACUGUCCGCAAAGGGUUUCGCGGAGCUUAAAAAAAUGGGGUACAAGUUCGGGUCCACACAUUCCAGGCCCGAGCCAAAAUCGGCCAAACGGCCGCGCUCGGAGGAAAAAUCACCACAGGGUAACAUGUGCAAGAACCCAAGGGUGACUGUGACUCCCCCAACCCAACCCCAACCAUCACAACCCUACAACGAGGUCCUCAGCCAAGUCCGAGUCGGAAUCAAGGACUCCAAGCCGAUGAGUGUCGCGCAACUGGAGUCCCUCUGCAGUACCAUCUUGCAAAAGAUUGCGACCCUGGAGAUGGACGAGGGACCAAAGUUCAAGGGUUACUCAUACAAGCCAGGCUGGUUACUCAUCACCUGUAGUGACCAAAGGUCAAAAGCCUGGCUUGAACUAAUAACACCAUCCCUAAAACCAUGGCCGGAUGCCAAUCUCGGGAUUAUCCCUGAAAAUGAGCUUCCCAAGCCUAAUAUAGGGAUGGUGUUCAUCCCAGAGAUAGACGACUCCAAGGUAAAGCAGUCGCUAUCUCUGCUCUAUGCACAGAACCAGGGGCUGUACACAGAGCACUGGAAGAUUCUCCACACCAAAGUCGAGAAGAGUGGUGCUAUGGUAACCCUAUCUCUGGACGACAUGUCGGUGGAGAAUCUACAAAAAAAAAAGGGCCUAAAGGCAAACUUAGGUUUCCGGGAGGUCCAGUUUCGGCUAAAGGGCCAACCAAAAACCCAACAGACCGAAACUCAACCUUCCCUAGACCCACCACCGCAGGAUGCAAACCCUAACCCACUCAACACCUUAUCCCAAAAGCCUGCCCGAAAGGUGCCUUCAGGUCCAAAACGGGCGGCUCCUUCGACACCCAAUCCCAAACCAGGAUCAUCGGGCGCGCAGCGGUUUCUCGCCAACCGGGGAGGCCAUAGGGGCAACAACCGCCCAAGGGGUAAAGGGGACAGAGGAGGCUACCAAGGGCGCACCAGUGCCCACCACGGUGGCAAAUAA